UUGUAUGUAUGGCUGACAUUUUCCGAAAAAGUGUUUAUUUAGAACAGAUAUUCCAUUUAUAUAAUGGAAAUAUGUGAAGUUGUACAUGAAUCAUGUUUCUACGAAAAAACAAGAAAUGAUUUUGAAACAUUCGUAUGUAAUAUGCGUUUGUGUUUGAAACUUUGGUGUCGUUUAGGAGUUUUUGCAAAGAAUGUUAAAUUGGUGUCCAAAAUGAACAUAUUUGGCAUUAAUUCUUAGCUUAAUAAUAUUAUCAUUAUCGAUAAAGCUGCCAGGAAGACGUUAGGAUGACGACCAUGAUGUACCCUUCCCUGACAAAAUCACAGAGUAUGCGUGCAAAACGCAAAUCUGCUGUUGAGUUGCUUGCGGAAAGUAAACCCUUUUAUGUUAAGUCCGAAAUUGUGCGGGAUACCACUCAGCAAUUGCCUUCAAGGCCCCAUUCAAAUUUGUAUGGAACUUACAGUCGCAGUAAAUCUGUCAAUGUCUCAGGUCCUAUUGGUACUUACAAACCUCCAAGCUUUUGUCAGUAUAUGGCGGUCUCACCCUCUCGUUCUUUACCUCCUUUAACCCAUCGCAGAUCUGUCCAUCCCACUAUUUCUGGCGUUCAUGCGACAGGUUCCAAUGAUUUACUUCAGAAUAGAUUGAGACAGUUGCUCGUUUGCGAUAGUGCUGAAGAGCUGAGAGUUGAUCAGAUGGCUCCACUAAGUCCUCCUGCAGAAUAUGCAGCACAGAGGUGUCACAAAAGUCUUCCUGAUUUACACUGUAGAGGCAGCAGUGGAAGUGGAGGAGCUGAACCUAGCUCAAAUAAAAGUAGCAACAAGAGUUUAUCAAAUAGAGACAGUGGUGGCUCUAGUGGACAUUAUACUCAAAGAAGUGAGCCAGCUCCACCCCCUAGACAAGAAAUUAGGCGGGAUUCUGGCUCAAGUACUCAACAUAGUGGAGGCAGUUCAUAUUACUGUUGUCAAGAGCCAGACUGUAGAGCUGCACGACAGUCAAUAUAUCAACCGCCACCUCCCACUAACUUUAAAAGGCAAAAGUGUCUUAGAUAUAAGCGUGAUAGACCAAUCCUACGAUCCAAAUCAGAUAUUAGUGAUCGAUACUGGCGUCCGCCUGAACCUCCCACUAGCCAUUUAGAACAGUUCUUUGAGCACUUAGGACUCACUUCAGACAGUUAUGAAGAUAUGCUAAGUGGAAGUGGACAAUCAUCAGACAGCCCAGUAUUUUUCUCGGAUGUAUCAACGAUAGAUUCGUCCCGGCCGCUGGAAAAUGUAGAUUGCUGCCCUCCACAAGUCAGAACCAGUGAACCACCUUCAAUUGUUGAACGCAAUGCUCGUAUAAUCAAAUGGCUGUGCAACUGCCGCAAAUCGCAGAUAACGUAAGUUGAUAUAUAAUUGUGAGUAAUGAGACUAGCAAGAAAAAAUAUUACCUUGUGAUGAGUUGCCCCCCACUAGGAUUGUUUCAAAAAAAGGCUAUUGUCGCAAGGUGUUUUUUUUUUAAUGUCAUUCCACCUGCUUUGUAAAGUUUUUUAAUUUUGAUAAACCAAAUUGUUGAGAGAAAAACAGAAAGUGAUCAAUGAACAAAACAAACAAAUUUAGAAACCAUUGUUUUCAUAUGUUGGUAGUAAAAUUUUCAAAUUUAGCUUAGAGUCACAAGGAAUUGUAAAUUCCGAAUCUCUCAAAAAAAUUGCUAAUAUUAUACUAAUUGUUAUUCACAUUUAACGCUAUUCUGAAUGUGUCUACUUAAGGAAGCUAUCAAUCAAUCAAAACAUGCUUUAUUCUCAAAAGGAUCUUGUUGAUAAACCUAGCGUAGCUACUAUUACCGGGUUAUGAUAUACUGAAUUACCAGAGUGGAAGUGUUUUUAUUGUGUUAUUAAAUUCUUAUAUCAGGUUAAUCAUGUGGAAGCGCAAUAAUAUUUUAAUAGCUGAUCUUUGAUGCAAAGUAAUUGAAGUUAAUUGAAUUUUAAUCCCCUCAUUUUAUUGCUAAACAAAAUAUUUAAAAAUAUUUGAAUUCACUACUUUGCCGAAUUUGUUGGCCGCAUAAUUAUUCUUUCGAAAUGCAGUUUCAUUGUGCUUCGACAAAAAAAAUUUAUCGCGUUUGCGACAGACGCAGGGUAAUUUCUUUUGUAUUUCUCUUUACCAAAUGUCUUGCACAACUAAAAUACCAGCGAAAUGGAGGGAUUGAAACGAUUCACUCAUCUAUAUUUGGCAUUUAUAUUGAUAAUUUGGAUUCGUCGCUCAAAUAUAUAAGCUGUUAUUUUCAAUCAUUUUUUACUUAUUAAGCAGGUUUUAAGUCUUCCUUCUUUUGCCUCCAAUUGUUGCAGCUGAAUAUAUUUCAGAUGACUAUUAACGUUUGAGAUUUUACUAUUAUUAUAAUUAUUAAUAGGCAUUAGUGGUGGAGGAUCGGCACAUGCAAUACAGAACUUGCGAUAAAUCACAGGGAAUAUUAUAUAAUCAGAUGAUAUGAUGAAAUGCACCUAAUAUGAGACACCUUUUUAUUUUUUUAAAUAAAUAAUUACUUUUAAAAAUAAAAUACUUUUUACUUACUUUACUUUAAAGCGCUAAAUUUAUUCAAACUAUUAAUUACUUUUGUAAAGUAAAAAAAGUCACUUUUUGUUAUUUUGAAAAUUGGUCUCCUAAGCUGAGAUAGUUUGGACUCCUAAUAAAGGGCUGUCUCAUAAUAGGAUACCUCGAACAGUAAGGAGAUUAACUAAAAUAAAAUUAUUGCUUUAUUUAUUCUAAAAGUAACAAAAAUAAGGAUGUAACAACACUAAAAUUUAAUCGAAACAAAGCUUCUUUUUCCCUUGUGUUUUCUCGCCCCCAGGACAAAGAAAUUGUGUGCCUUCAACUUUGCUGCAUUCCUCGUGGCACCACAUAAAACGAACGGUACAUCUAAUCCACUUUUCACAUCGAGUGUCUUCGGAAAAUCUUCCCUAGCAAAACAAACAAACGUUUUGAUCAGUCCAGUCGUCAUAAUGUACAGAAGAUUUUGAAUCUGCGCGGCUUGAUACAAUUUCAGCUUUUUUGUUACUUUUAGCUUUGGAUUGUUUAUCCCUUGUUCCAGAAGACUUUUGUUUUGGUUUUUCGUGUUUUUUUUAAGUUUCUUUGUAAGGGAUUCUUCCAAGUUCCAAGUAUUGAGUACAUCUUUUGGAGGGACCAGUAAAUCACAUUUAUCGGACUUGAUCUUGGUAGAUGGAAUUGAUACAGAUUUCUUAGGCUUAGAAAACAACAGCCAAAUAUAAAGUACCCUCAUUUUCAUUAUCAUUUGUUUCUUAGGAUUGGAUUGGAACAUUGGAUCCUCUUUUGUUGGUUUAGUUAAUUUAAUAAAAUAUGAAAAUCACUGGGUAAAAAUAUCUGUCCGAAUCCGCCCUGUUUAUACGAGGAAACACUAAUAGCUGUCACAACCGAAAGGAGUUUUCCUGUCUCUUGAAAUGUAUUUGCACAAACCAGUUUAUUUCCUUUCAAGUUAAUAAUUUUACUUUGUUUAUAUUGUACAACCGUGAUGCCUGUUUCGUCAACGUUAAUAUAAUUUGUGACGAGAAAGAUUAAUUCUUUCCAUCUCUUUUUGAAAAAUUUCGAAAAAUUGUGCAACAUUUUCGGCGUUAAAUUCUUUCACCAUCGCAGUUGAUAUUGCCUGUGGGUGCCUGGUUAAAAAGCCUUUACGCCGUAUACUUGUCAUUUCUUCUUCUAAGACCAAAAUACUUUCUUUUCAUUUCAACGCAGUAGUCGGCGAAUUGUUUUUCCAAAAACUCAGGUAAAGCUUGUUUCCUACCUAAAGAUACUUUUGCAAGAUCCUCUGCAUUUCUGUUAUUUUUCACAUAUCUUUCAAUGGUUCCUACCUUAAAAAAAUGCUUAGGAAAGCUAAAUGGACAAAAUGAGCAAGCUUUUAUCCAAUCCAUUUCACUUUUUUGAUAAAUUUGCAAAUAUGACAAGGAAAGGUAUUAUACACACGAAAAUGAAUUAUUCUCUGCGAAAAAAUAACUACUUAAAAUUAUCAAAAAACUAAAAGCGCUCCUAAUAUGCGAUAUCUUAUAUUAAAUCUCAUAAUAGGAACCUUAUUAUUAUUUCGAACAAUAAAGCAACUUCCACACAACAAAGCAAAUAAGCAAAACCUACUUAUUUUCUUAUCUUUUCAACAAAAAAAUCACCUCAAAGGGAACACUAAAAAAACUUUGAUAUUGCACAAAUGCAUAAAACCACAUACACGUGCCGUGUUUUGACCGCAACUAAAACCAAUUCCAGCUGAUUUAAUAUUUCUCCUUCCUGUGAAAUAUUGGCCACUGUUAGUUGGGAAGAAAAUAUGUCUCAUAGUAGGUGCCAUCUCAUAUUAGACGCCUUUGUACACUGAUACUUAAACUAAGCCAGUAAAAUAUUGCAAAUCCGUCACUAUUAACAAAUACAUAAAUUUAGUGAUAAAACCUUUAAAUUUGACACUAACCUUACAUUAAACUCACAAAUCUAUAAAUACAACACUUACUUACAUAUAGAAACAAUAAGAAAAAUAAAAGUUGAAAUGAUCUACUGAGAGUGCUAUAACACAAUAUCACAUAGUGUUCGAGACACUUACAAAUAUCAAUAAAUUUGUAAAAGAAUUAAACUUAUAUUUGGACACAUAUUCUGUAUAAAUAAAACAACUAUUUUGAAUAAAAAAAAACAUAUUUUUAUAAUUAAAUGAAAUGUGUUUAAUAUUCUUUAAUUUUAAUGUUGUUAUUGAAAUGUUAAAAGUAUUUAAUUUUAAAGAGCUUCUCGAUUAUAACCAGUUAAGUUCCAAAGUAGCAAAUCACGUCUGAUCUAUGUAGUGUUUCUCUUUUGUCUACUACAAAUUGCACCUCAAUUUAAAUCCUCUUCCACUUAUGGGUAGAUAUAGCGUAUUAAGCAAGCGUCUCAUUGUAUAAUAGCUUUUGGUUAGUUUAAUUAAUUUAAUUUUUUAACUUUUAUGGUCACACUUGAUUAGUAUUGAUGGCGCUCUUUGAUUGUUUUUAUUUAACCAGGUGACAACUUCAAAGUAGCUUAGCUUCUCUCUUGAAGUUGCUCUUAUCGGAAGCAGUAGUAUAAAGUGUAGAUAGUAUAAACCUUGUUAAUUGUUCGGAACUUCAUUUUUUCUGUCCUAUUGCGCAUAAUCUGCCACAGCACUGCUAAAAAUUAAGAUUUAACAACAUAAUGCAUUCUUUACAUGCAGUGUUUAUUUUAUGACAAUUUAUUUUGCUACUACUAUACUAUAGUUUACUACUUCGUAUCUAUUACUGACUGUCGUUUCUUUGAGUGUUUAAAUUUUAACUUUUUUUUUUUUUAAAUAAGAGUAUAUAAAAAAGAUUUUAAAAACAUUGGAAUGAAACAAAAGGAAUAAAAAAUUAAAAUUAUUUGGUAUUUUCGAGAACGUCAGUAGCAUUUAAAAAAUAAUAAAAUAUAAUUUUAAUUCAAAUAUAAUCAAGUGACAUUAAUUAUGAUCACUCAUUACAAAAAUAUGGAUUCUAUUGGAGAUUUGCAUGUCUAAAACCUGCAUGUGAUUUUUUUUAAAAGAAAAGUUAAAAGUGGAAAACAGAGAGAAUGCUUAAAACCUGCACAAAAGCUCAAAUUAUUACUUAUAAUUGUGUAGUAUACCUAAUUGUUAAAAAUAUAUAUUAAAUAUUUCGUAUUUAUUAUUCAAAACUGCGAUGCGGAAUUAUAGUCGUAAGAUUUUUGUUUAAAAUGAGUGAUAAUAUUAAUCGAAUUUUUGAUGUUUUUGGAAAUAAUUUACGAAAAAAAUAUAAUGUAAUGUUUCGACAUUUGUGAUAAAAAAUAACGUUUUAAUUGUUUCAGUUGAGUUUAAAAUUACUAAAACUGUAAUUGUGAAUCUUUCCUUAAAGGAACUAUGACGCGUUGCAUACAAUAUUUGUUUUUUUUUGUGACAGAAUAUUUAUGCCCUAUAUGCAUUUUCCUUUACUUUGAGAUAAGACUUUUUAGUUUUAAUUAAUAAUUUGCAGUUUUUUAGGUAUUCAAAUGAAUAUUAAAGCAUAGCUUACACGGAGAUAAUUUUUAAAAGGUUCGGUUUCGGGUUGUGUUAAAUUUUUUUCCAUUUUCGCAAACCUCAAUUAAAAUUUUAAAUGAAACUUUCAGAAAAAAGUUUCAAAGUUUAAUCCCAAUUACUCAUUAGUAUAAUUUGCGAUUAUUUUAAAGUUGAAUCAUGCAUUUGUUAAUUUUUGCUGCAUUUUGAAAUAGCCUUUGUAUUAGGUACUACUUAUCUCUGCGUCAUGCAUAUUUAAAAUUCGAUAGAGGAUUGGUAGAAACUCGGUAUAAUUUGGAGCAAUGCAUGUUGUAUUGGAUCGGAUGUACGUUUUAGUAAACUGUUGUAAACUGUCCAUUGUCGCUACCAGAAUGAUUGAAACUAGUCAUUCCAAAGUAUUCAACCGAUUUCUAGUGUUGAACAGAAAUUCAUGUUACUGUAUGUUCUUUGGUUAUGUUUGUGUAUAAAACUUUAAAAAAUUGUAAUUUGUCUCGAAUAUGCGCAAUAUAAAUGUGUUUGUGGUUUGAUAUGACACAAAUAUAUCAACUGGUACUCAUGUAGGUAGUUUUGUUAAAAAAAAAAUUCUCAAAAAUCAAAAUGAAAUAUAAAACUGUAUUCGAAGUGAUAUUACGAAUUAUCGAUAAUGUACCCGUAUUAAAAAAACAUUAUUAGCCUGACCGAUGUCAUUUAUCCAAACAUUAUUGGUUACAAUCUAAAGGCACAAUGUAUGUUGUGUAGUUGUUUAUAGGAUUUAAGCAGCCAUUCCAACCAACAUGUUUAGGAGCCACCUAACGCUAGAUGACAACUAAAUUUACGCUAGGGUAGACUUUCGUUUGCUAGACUACUAAAGUUGUGUCCGUAAGACACUCUAGUCGAUACCCAGAUGUAGGUGCCCAAUUUAGGCUACUUAAUGCUCCUCUAUCUUGGUCCAACUUCAAAAUUAAUAUGAAACUUUGGAAGUUUAAUAGAUUACAAUUUUCCAAGUGAUAUUCAUUCUUUAUUUAUGGGAAGUAAUUCUAAGAGACGCCCUGAAUUGCGGCAAUCAGCGACGUUAUAGCUGCGGAAUUUUGUACUUUAGCCUAACAAUGAAAAUCCGAAAAUAUGGACAGUGCAACACAAUGAAGCUUAGGUGCCCCCUAGCUGACCCCUAAAAUUUAGCUGUUCUCUAGUUAUGCUAACUUUAGGGGCAGGUUGGCGGGGAUGGCCAAUAUUCCCUAACGAGCGCCUUGUUUUUAAGAUCUGUAUGAAUGAUAUUGAAUGAACUUUUUGAUGCCACGGCACAGAAUUUCCAUAAUUGAAUUUUCUAGAAAUCAUUUUAAUCAUCACAAUGAACAGAAUCAUUCUGCCUAUUAAUUAUUAUAUAAAUUAUUACCAUUUCGAUGGAAUGAGAUUUGUUUAGUAUCAGAAUUAGUCGAAUAUUGAACUGAGUUGGCUUUUACUUAAUGAAAAUCCAUUUAUAGAAAUAAAUAAAAACUAAAAGUUCAGAUUUUCGCGAAAUUAUAUAUUUUCACAUGACAAUUGAUUGACAUUUGAUAAAGACACCGUGUUGUCGUAACAAUUGUCAUGUCAAAAUAUAUAAUUUCGUGAAAAUCUGAACUUUUAGUUCUUAUUUAUUUUCAGAAUUAGUCAUUUGUUGUUGAGCUUCAUAUAUUCAAUUAAGUAGAUUCCCUCUUAGAAUUUUGAUCCAAACAUGCGCAUGUUAUUCAACACAUAAAAUUUUGACGAUUGCCCUAUGUAGCUACUAGAAAUAUACAGAGCCUGCCUAUGCCAACAAUACGCGCUUGUGCGAGUCAUUUGAUAACUCACUUUCCACCGUAUAUUAAUAUUCCUAAAAAGAUGAGUACCCUAGAGCAGACAAACGUACGAAACAACUACCUGAUGACCCCGAUGUUGUGUUGGUAAAUUUUCACGAAGAAACAAGUUAAGUAUGUGGAUAGAGAAAAUUUCGUAAAAUGUAAAAAAUGUCGUGGCAGUCUUAGGCGCGCCAGUUUUACAGCAUUAGCUGCUCCUGUACUAUCUCGUAGCUACAUGGUUUACCGUCACUUGCUUGGUUGAUUCUCGACACAGGAGAAACAUUGAAGUUCAAAUCUUUUCAAAAGGUUCAUUAAUUCGAAUGUAAUUAAGCGAUAUUGACCCUUCCUUAUAGAAGAUUUAGAACUGAUAGAUCAUAAACAUGCCAGUUCGCCAUAGCCUGGACUUGCAUAUAAACUUUUGUGUUUGCAAAUUUUACUACUGUAUUGCAGCAAUAAUUUUAAUUGCCAUUAUAUUACGAAAUAUGCGAAAAUAAUUUUGACCGCGCAAAACUAUAUUAAAAAUAUUUGCAAAUUUCUGCUCUGCUCGGCUUUGUCUUAUGAAAAAUUAUUAGGGAAAAAUACAAUCUUUCAAAUGUCCUGCGAAAAUUGCCCAGAAAAUGGUUAAGUAUUCAAUAUAUUUUACUUUUGCUUCUACUUUUGUGGCGCCGACUUAGUCAUGAAAGUGGACUAUUUUUUCUUCGCAUUUUGUGUGUAACGCAACGUGUUGCAUACUAUACUUUUUAAACGACCAUUAGUUUUUGGAUACAUUUUUAUAAAACAGGACAGUGUUACCGUCAAAAUAGCUAAAAUCCACCGAAAGUACCGGAAUUAUUUAAUUAUUUGUUGCUCGUGACCGUGAGUAACAAAGUGUGAUUCUUGCAUAAUUAGGAAUUUAUGAGUAGCGAGUAGAAAAAUCAAAUUUUCUUUAUCGUAAGUAGGGGAAGGUUACCUAGAAUGGGGUACUUAAGGUGUAGACCUGAUUUAAAAAAAAAGUUUAAUUAAGAAAUCCUGGACAACACUCAAGAUGGCUAUACCAACUAUAACCUUUAUUCCAAAAUCAACUCUUCAUAAAAAACUUAUGAAUCAUAAACUUAUUUUUUAUGUGUCCGUCAAACUUACCAUUUCAGGAACAUAUUUAUCUAAAACGGGAUUAGUGGUGUUUCUAAUAUGGAAUUAUAUUUUGAACCACAGAUCACAUAUGAAAUAAUCAAUUUCGUCGUUUGAUGGACCGCAGGCUUUGUGGACCUAUCUCUGGCAAGAACUUUAUCGAAUCCACUGGUCACCAGGUUUGCUGCUUUCAAAAUUUGUUUCGCAAUAAAAGCACACGGGAUUUUUUUCAUCGUCAGGGUUUUCUUUGGUGAUGCUGGUCUUGUUUCUCCCAUUCACAUCUUGAUCUCUAGGUUUCAUCUGUGGUUUGGAGGAUUUAUUUACUGAUAGGCCCUUUCCUUUCAAAGAAGGCAAUUUACUGGUUGACACUCCACGUUGUUUCGCUGCCAUACUGGCCAGCAAUUUAUCCUUAUAAGGUGUGCUGGUUAAGAUACCAGCUUUACCUCUGUUUGCAUUUUUCGCAGGUCUUCUUGAUGCUGCUUUUGGGUAUGGAUGAAUCAUUUCUAUAGAAACAUUUUCUUGGAGAAAAUUUGCCAAAGCUUUUUCAUCACUGGAGGAAUUGUUAUCUGAUUCAUGAAAAUGAGCUGAUUUUGAUUGUGGUAGUGCGCGAGUCGAAUGGGAAGUGGGUGGAGGUGGUGUUUGAUGCCUGAUUUGAAAGAUUUAUUUUGAUUGUGACAGUGAAUUUGAACUUGAUGUUUGGUUUUUCAUCACCACUGGAGAAGCUGUCGUUUGACUAAAGAAGACAAAUUAGUUUUGAUUGUUUCAGUAGGUGAGUUGAGUAUGAAGUCGAUGAAGGUGGUGUUUGGUGCCUGCUUGGAUUGGAUUGGAUUAACGGGAAAUAAUCCAGUUUUGUCAAAACGAUGAAUUGCAUUAUUAGGUAUCGCUGCCCUUAAGAAGGCCCCUCCAAAUAAGCUGCCAAUUUGUUGGUUUGUUCCUUAGAAAUAUUUCAAUCUCUUGACUGUAGAAUGUCGAUAAAGGUGCCAUAAAAGAAAUAUCAAGGGGUUGAAUGAUCCCUGACUUUCUGUAUGACAGGUAUGUUUUGUGUAUGAGUUUUAUGGCCGUUCAUUAUGAGCAAUGAAGGAUUUUCUUUUGAUACAUUAGUUGAUUUUAAAAAAUGGUUGAUCCACAUUUCAAAGAGAUUCAAUUGCAUCCAACCAGAAGGAUGGCAGGCGACUAUGGAUUUCUGCGGUAGUCCAAUCGAAAAUUCUGUCUUGACGUGAACUCGUGGAAAAAUGACCAUUGGUGGAACAUAUGUCCCUGCAGCACUCAUAUAUAUUGUACAGUUGUUAAGCCUGUCUCAUCGACAUUGAGUAUUCUUGACGGUGUAUAUGUGUAUUUAUCUCGCAGGGGCUCUAGUCAGCUAGCAUGAGCUGCCGAUGUUGCUUCAGGUCUUCCUAGUGAAAGAUGAUUUAUUUCCAUAAAUGACCACAGGCAAACCCAGCCAGCCAUAUUCUUACUCUCAUUAAAAUAGUGUUUUAAAUUAUUUCAUUCCGCUAACUGAAAUGGUAACCUGCGCACAUCUAUAGACGUUAAUCCAAAAAGUAUGCUCCCCAUAGUUUUUAUGUAGUUAACUAGUUGUUCUUCCAUUCGGAGUAAAAAAGUUCGUUGCCUACACUCUCCAGGGUGCUUUUUGGUACUGAAAAAACUCGCCGCUUUUAAAUAACCAUAUUUAGCACUUAAAACCGAUCUUAUUGCUUUGGCCAUUGCUUCCUCAGUCCAAGACUGUCGCGUUGUUUUUCGAGGGGCCAUAUCUGCAAACUUGAUUUCUAAAAUAAAAAUAGGUACCAACAAUGUUUGCCAAAGUUGUAUUUAAAUUAAAACAAUGUGUUUCUAAAAUGGGAUUUAUCCCGUUUAACAAGCAUUAGACAGUUCUCAUCUUAUCAACAUAUCAAUAUGUGAACAAACAAUGCCCGCAAAUUUCUGUAUCAAAAUUAUAUUCGCAAGGUGGUCGUUUAUUUCCCAACAACUAGUGAAAACAUUAUCGCCGUCACCUCUGAAGAGAUGAAGCUUAUGUUUGCCGACCUAAAUUUUUAAAAAGAAACAUGUUAACAACGUAAAACUUACCUAGCCUAGUUGCAGUCACGACUUUGCUCCAAGUGCUAAAGUUUACUCAUAGCAUUAUUGUAAGUAUUAGGUCAGCUUACUUAGGUCACUUAGGUCACUGCAUGUGAAACGAAAUAAUUUAGGUAUCCCCAAAGAGUAUAAGAUAGAGGGGAAGUGCACGUAUACGAAUUCCAUCUAAUAUUUGUGUAAGUACUAAAGUAUUGUCAUAGCGGUUUAAAGUGUGACGCAUACACUGAAAAUAUACAGUAGCUUGUAACGGAUAGCAGCACUUUAUUUAUAUUUUAAUAAAAAAAAAUAAAACUAUUGCGACAUUUUUUUUUCAGAUUUUACCUUUCAAACUCUAAAUUAAAUUGAACCGUACGUCCCGCGCGUUUUCGGUUUUCAUGACUGGACACAAUCACUAGAGGCGUUAAAACUCGUGUGAGCUUUUUAACAUUCUCACUAAUGGGAGCCUUCCCUUCUACUCUUUGGGUAUCCCGUUUUAGGUAACCUUCCUCUACUUCAGCAGCACAGUGCAGAAUAAAUAGAUAUCAUUUUCCAUUUUGGAUUUAUUCACGAAAAAAUAACCAAUUGUGGCAAAAGUAUUUAUUUAAAUUUAGAACAGACUUCAGGACCACCAAAUAAGGUAUCAAAACCUGUGUGGUUCAAAUGUAAAACUUUUUUUUUACCAAAUGUGGUGACAGGGUAAUUUCGCUUUUUUACUUCGAAUAUGUAUUAUUUGUUACUUAAGUAUAAUGUUCAGACUUAUCUUUUCUUAUAGGGGAGUUUAAGAAACUUCUUUGUGACAUUUACAUUGGGUAUUAGCAUUUGUUGUACUGUGUUCUUUGGUUUGAUAUCUCAAUCUAAAUUCUAAAUAUUCGGUUUCAGAUUUAUAUUUUUUUAUAGAUAUAUCAAAAACAUCAAAUGAAAUACCCUUGUAAUAUCUUGAUUUGUAUAUAUUUAAUUGGAAUACCCAUAUAAUGGAAUGCUGUGGUUGGUUUAAUUCUAGUCUCUAUUGUACUUAUUUUUAUUUUUAAAGAUAUGUAUUUAAGAAACAACAGUACGUUAUUAUUCUAAAUAAUUUGUAGUGUUUAAUUUAACCUGCCAUCUCAAAUUUCGGACAAGUGUUGUUUCACCACCAUUUUCUCUCAUGAAAAUGUCCUUACCACAGCCUGACCAUUUUGUGUAAAUUCGACUAAUAUCACUGUAGCGUAAAUGUCCUAUUUCAAUGAAUUGACAGUAAAAUGUAAAAUAUUUUGAUAUAUUGAUAUACCCAACCUGACACAAUUAAAUAAAGCGACGAAAUUUUGUGCUCGUGU